AUGGGAGAAAUGCACCUUCAAAGACCUCCCUCCUCAUUCUCCACCAAUCCGUCGUCUUCUGGACCGAAGCCUGACGUGGCAUGGACAUCGUUUCUUAUGGUUUAUGCGUGAGUUCUCUCAAAAGAUUCCUCCGGAAUUCCAUAAUUUUCAGCAUUCCGUUCGUUCUUGUUCUCACCGUUGCGUGCAUCAUAAAAUGGCGGCCGCUCAGAGAAUUUCCAAACAUCAGAAGCUUUCUGAGUUGGUACUGUUCCUGCUCCCCGAAAAAAGCGAUUCAAGAGCUGGAGCAGCCGGACCGCACCCACAUGAUUAUGUCCAUUGAUGCCCAGGUAUCCCCCUCCUCUCCUUCUUCUCGAGUAUUUCUCCGUUUCAGAGCCUCGCUUCCAUGUCCUCCGUCAUCGAUUCUCCACUUCUUGUCCGUCAGCACGACGACGACGGACGUCGAUUCGAAUCCACUGCCAUCCCUUAG